AUGCACCAUGUUUUAACGAAUCUCGAAGUGCUGCACAAGAUCUUCAGCAGCCUCCAAGAUGAAAAAGGCAAAGAAUUCGGAGAGCAUACUAUUACGCGUCGUUCAACUCUAGCACGCUUAGCGAGGACCUGUCGCACCUUUCAGGAGCCCGCGUUGGAUACACUCUGGGAGCACUUGACCUCGGCGGAUCCUCUUCUGAAGCUCCUACCAGAAAAGUCCAUUAGCUAUCGCCCGUGGCUGCUCGCAAACGAACAUAGAAACAAAGGUGCCGAGGCGUUUUUGCAGGGUGCGGGCAGGGUGCUUGUCCGAGCCGAUUGGGACCUCUUCAAAACGUACGCAAGACGAGUUCGCAUACUUGGUCCUUUCAAGUCAUACACCGGGGUUUUCUUCUAUAAUUUAGAGCUAGCGCCACACGAUAUGCUUCCUCUCCUUCCAAACCUCAAGAUUCUUGACUGGAGAGGGUUUAAUGACCACUCAAUUCCCCUUCAGUACCUCGGGCUCUUCCUGUCGCCAACUCUGAAGCGCCUUCGUAUAGAGCUCUCCACGUCAACAAAACAUGAAGAACUCUACGCUCUUUCCAUAGCCCCUGUUUCUUGCCCAAAGAUUAGAGACCUAGGUUUCUCCGGAUACGAAUUCAUUCGCGACUUCGGGGCAUCGAGGAGCACCUAUUACUCCUCUCAGAUACUCUGCCAAUGGUCCAACUUGAGCAAUGCUGUCUUCGACAGCGUGACAGAUGAUGCUCUGGUCCAUCUAGCUCAAAUGCAAACUCUCGUCUCCUUAAAAGUCGAUUUGGAUAAAAUUGACUCCCUAGAUGGUGUACGGUCGCGCGUGACCGGUACGGCUUUCCCCUCGUUAACAUCCUGCAGCCUACGAUGUGUGGACGUAUACCUUUCAAUCGAGUUUGUCACCAUAAUGCAACUCUCCCCCGUAGAGUUAACCCUUAACUCGCCUGUCCUCGACGAAUCUUCUCCCAUCGAGGAACUCUUCACCACGCUUUCUACACAUCCUUCCCGGCGCGAACUGGAGAAGGUCAACAUUCAUUGGACUAAAGUACAAUUCAAUCUCCCGGAGCUCAAAGCGCCCCGUGAUCCUCCUGAAGAGUGCUUGACCAUCAUGCGUCUGCGACCCCUUUUCAGCUUCCGCCAACUCCGCGUGCUCUCCAUAAACAUGCCACUCGAAAUCACCCUCGACGACUUGGACAUCAUCGAACUUGCACAUGCCUUCCCAGCUCUCGAAGAGCUAUCGCUUAACGGUGGCGAUAACCUAACCGUGGACCCACUGGGCCCAUGGUAUGUACAGGCAUUGGAUGAUUUUUCGCGGCAGCGCUUCUGUGCUGGGUGGCUCGUAAAGCCUCGUGUCACAUUUCGCGGACUGUACGCCCUCGUCGAGAGCUGUCCCCGCCUUCGCGGUCUCGGAAUCUCGUUCGACGCGGAACAGGCUGCAGACGAGGUGCCAAAUGAAGUUCCGUCCCCCAACAGGGACAUCCAGUAUCUGCCCGUGGGCAACUCCGCGUGCGGGGAUCCCGAGGGUGUAGCGAGCCGCCUUCGCUCUAUCUUUCCCAAUGUCUCCCGGAUAAUGACCCGCUGGUCACCUUGGCAGCGUCAGCUCGAUAACAGUCGGAAGCAGCAGAAAGCGACGAGCGACCGGUGGGAAGAGGUAGGACGCCUCCUGAAGGAACCUCGGGAAGCGGGCAAAGCACCUUAACCGUAUUUCCUGUGGUCGCCUAUGCGCUGGUCCUAAAAACGACGUAAUCUAGCCACCUACAGAAAAACUUCGGUAUAGUAAAUCAGAAUAAACGGAUAUUGUGAAUUGCCCGCAAGCGUUGUGCGCCAGUGUGAACAUCUUAUUACCGACAAUCUAGAUCUCGGGGUAAGUCGUGGCCCGAGCAGAGGAGAGACACUGUUGCAGCGAAUGACGUGAAGUUGCGAAG